CCAUCAAUAAAUCAGUGUUUGCGAUAGGAUCCGAAGAAGAAGCAAGAAUGGCGAGUAGCUUAGGGAUAGUCGUUGUUAAUCCGUCGUGUUCUGUAGAUCGCUUCUUAAGACCUAACUUCUCUGCCACCACCUCUUCGUCUGUCUAUCUCCGUUGCUGGCGCGGAAGAAUCAAUGUCGGAACCGUCGCUUGCAGUCGCCGCGACGUCGGGGGAUUAAUAGUUUCUGGUUGUCUCUCUUCGCCGGAUUCUUCAUCUCCGCCGUCAUCUAUCUCUGGUCCGAAGACGAAACUGUAUGUGAGUGGGCUUUCUUUCCGUACAACUGAAGAUAACUUAAGAAAUGCUUUUGAACAGUUUGGCAAGCUUACACUUGUUAACUUGGUGAUGGAUAAAGUAGCAAAUAGACCAAGAGGGUUUGCUUUCCUGAGGUAUGAGACUGAGGAGGAGUCUAUGAAAGCUAUUCAAGGGAUGCACGGAAAGUUUUUGGAUGGAAGAGUUAUAUUCGUGGAGGAAGCCAAACCCAAAUCAGAUCUUCAAAGAGCUAAACCCAGAUCAGAUUUCAACAAAGCUCAGACUAAACCUCGCACCUUUCGCACCUGGUAGCUGUUUGUUUUUGUUGUACAAUUUUCUCAAUAUAUUCCAAGAUUAUACAAUGGAAUCGUUGGUUAACUCCUACCAAUUUUCACCACGGGAAAUAGUCUAAAAGUAUUAUUAUUA